CAACGAGAAUGUUUGAACAUGAAUGAAACUACAGCCCUGUUUUUCAUCAUAAUAAAGGCAGUAAUGUAGGCUCGUUUCAAGAUGGCACAAGCGGCACCAGAGACCUUUACAGAAACAUUCAGCAAGAAGAUCCUUCUCCCAUUGGGACAACUAGUGGAGAAGACCAGAAAAAUAGCUGAUGUUCCCAAUCACCUUCUAGAAACCAAAAUCUGCACCAAGUUAAAGAGCAACAGUGUAAUCCAUGCAGAACCCUCAGAGCUUCACUUCAGUGGUUUUGAAUUGGGGAAGGAUUACUGCAAGAUCUUGAAAUUAAUCAACAUCUCCUCUGAAGUGAUAAAUAUUCAUAUUCUUUCUACACAAACCAAGUACUUUCAAACAACAUAUUCCAAAAAGUACCGACUAGUCCCAGGACUCUCCUACACUUUGAAAGUGCAAUUUUGUCCUGACGAAUGGCGGUAUUUUUAUGACUGCAUUCAAGUUCACUGUAAGGAAGAAGACAAUCUUGUCAUUCCAGUUCAUGCUUACCCCGUAAUUGAUGACCUACAUAUACCCCCCCACAUCAGCCUCCCUGCUGUUCCCCUGGGAGAGAGAAUCUGUCACGUCAUUCCGCUGAGCUGCAGCUGCCCUGUAGACUUUGAAUUCCAGGUGUUCGUCCUCCAGUCGCACAAGGCCUUCUCUGUCGACCCUCUCACAGGGUUGAUUCCUGCCAAUGGGAAGGUGGACCUGACUGUGGCGUUCAGUCCGUUUCAGUACGGUACCUCUCAGCUCACCUUCCAGGUGGUGCUCUCCCAGUUCAACUCCAAGCCCUGCGUCUGCACCGUCAGUGGAGGCUCCACACCGCGCCUGGCCAUCAGUCACAAGGAGAGGGGUGAGGGACAGGGGGAGUCAGCUGACAGAGGGAGACACCCUCCUAGCCCUCCCAAAAGACCUCCGACCAUGACCCAGCUCAAGCUCAGGUCAAUACGCACUCCUGAAAAGCCAAAGGCUGUGACGGAGCAGAGCGAUGCCCAGCUGUGCCUGCAGAAGAUCCCAGAUCUGACCACUCACACAGGAGUAUCUAAACUGCUUCAGAAAAAGAUGGACCAAAUGAGCAUUAAAGACCUGAGAGAUGCCAUGUCCCAGAACAAACUGAGCGUCGUGACCAGACAGAUGAAGGCUGUCUUCUUUAAGAACAAGAUUCAACAAGACAUCCAGGAAGAGAAGUCUAAUCACCUCCGAUGGCAAGUUCACCGUGGGAAGGAGCCCGUAACAGCUAAGAGCAGGAUGCAGAUUCUGGAGGAGAGGGAAAUGGCAGAUGAUGAGUAUAUGGCCAGUCAGGGAGUGGGGAGGAGGGAGGGGGACUGUGCCAGUGGCCUGCUCCAGCUCUCAGUGAGGAGGGUCGUACGCAACGUAGGACAGAUUCCACAGGCACCAGCCAGCUUGCUAAACGUGGGAGUCGACUCUAGCGCUCCGCUGGAGGUCAGACUCAAGGCUCUGCGUCUCUUCCAGCAGGUGGCCCGCAAGGUUGUGAUUGGGUGCCGCAUGAAGAGCAGAUUAGCUUGUCUGAGGAGGCUGAUCCUCAGCAUGAAGACUCAGUCCACAGCAGAGAGAGUGGAGGAGGAGAGUCUUGGUCCUCAGUGUGCUUCAGGCAGUGUGCGUCCCUUCUCCUUCCCCAUCUUCAACACUCCAUACCUGGCACAUGAGCUUGCUCCAAGCGCUCUGGGCGUAGUUCCUGUGACGCCCAUCGACGUGACGAUCCAGGCUCAUGCUCCGUUCUUCAGCCUCAAGGUUCCCCAACACUACAAACUCAUGGGCUACCAGCCAGUGUGUCCUUUAGAGGCAGCAGCCAAUCACAUGCCCCCGGACUUCCCCGGGACGCUACGCACCGGAGCUGAGGACGAGCUGCUUCCCGCCGUGUUGCCCCCCCCCUCCGCAGAGCUGGACGAGACAGCGGCGUGUCAGGAUGCCCACGGCCUGACCUUCACAGCCCCCCAGGCCCUCGUCGACCCCUCCUACUCACACCCCCUACGGAUCUUUAACCCAGCUCCUGGACUGCAUGCCUUCAAGAUGACCCCUCGCUACCUGGAGUGUGACCCGGAGUUCCACCUGUGCCCGCUGCCCAGGUACACGGUGCGGAAGAGCCAGGUGGCGGGCGUACACACCCCCAAGACCCAGAAGAAGUUUCUAGACAGAACGGAUGUGAUCCCCGGGGUCAUGACCUGGAAGGAGUUCCCCUCAGCUGCCCUGGCCUCUUUCAACCACCCUACUCUCACCAACUACUGGGUCCCGCGCAGGUGUGACCCCUUCAGCAGCGAGCUCCUCCCUGCCCAGGCCCCAGGCCCGCCCCUCAGAGGCCUCCCUGACGACGUCAGGCUGGACCUGCUGGAUGGACCGUGUGAGGGCGCAGCAGGGAUCUCUCUGACCCCGGAGAUGGUCCGAGCAGUGUUCCCCAUGACUGAGAGUCCUCCCUCCAAACACACCAAGAAGGACAGCCACCAGGAGGACACCAGAGACUUCCGAGAGCGGCAGCUGGAGGUAUCUCUGAGGUGUCAGACCAACAGGCUGGGCUCCAGGGUGACAGCUCGACUCAACACGCUCUGGGCCGUGGCUGGGGCCAGCCCCUCAACUGCACCAAGCAAGAAAUAGCUCUGCAUCAUGAAACACUGUCUGAAUUAAACUUUGAUGACGUUUGACGCUUGAUUCUAAUUGAUUCACCCACGAUACAGUACACACUGAAAGCCAUGCUGCUUUAAACCAGCUCCAUCUCUCUUCUGUCUUGUUCAGAUUUGAUUUGAUAUAUCUGUUUUCGUAUAGGAUAUGAAGAAGGAUUGUUCCUAUCAUAGUUUCUGUCCUUCUGGCCCUACACCUGUUCAUUUGGGUGGAGCUUAGUGGUUAGAGCGUUUGACUGCAGUGGUCACAGGUUAAAAUCCCCCUCUUUAUGUAGCUUUGGGUUAAAGUGGCUGCUAAGUGGACACAUUGUUAUACAACUCAUGUCUCAUCUCAUCUUCUCUCGUCUCUGCUGCUGCUUCGGGAGUCUAAGCAGGGGGGGAUUAUAAAGCCCCCAAAACACUGUUUCCCACAAUGCAAUAGAAAUACUACAAUCAGACACAUUUGAAAACUUACAGUACAUUUACUUUUUGAUUGGAUGACUGUUAUGACUAAAUGAACUGCAUUUCCUCAGAUUGCAUUGUUUGUGUUCUUAUCAGGAUGUAAUAACACAUUGGAUGUGACAGUAUACCAUGGUCACAGGCCAGGUUUUGGUUUGAACUGGGUUCACUUACUCAUGUUAGAUGUUGAUGGAUGGUAAUCUUAACACAAUAUAUGACACAGUUCAACUCUCACAGCAAUUGCUUGCACCACCAGCCUUUUCCUUUUGUGACACUGUUUAACCUGUUUAUGACUUUAUGAGUCAUCAUAGUCACUCAUCUCGGCAAAACCGAUAACGAUUUAAUCUGUGCCUUAUAUCAUCUCAUAUGUCUGAUAAAGAUGAUGAUUACUUUACAGUCAUCCUUUGUGAAUCAUCUCUGUCCAUCAACGUUUAUAGACAGCUAAGUACACGGUAUACACUUUUAAAUGAUUUGGG